AUCCAGUAUAAAGUUCAGGAGCUCAAGUCAGAACUGCAGAAUGAAAUGUUCGAUCCGACAGUUAGCAAUCAGGCAAGCACAUAAGGUGGUAUGCCCAUACACGCAUGAAUAAUACGCCGUUGCCUGUGUGUUGAAAGCUUUCAGUAAGCCGCCUGCACUGCUCAUACUUCGUCACUGAUCGCCUGACGAGCACCUGACGAGCACCUGUCGUUGGGGGGAUCAUAUACACCCGGCAGCUGACAGGCCUCACAGUCUUGUCUAUUGUGGCCAUAGUCAGCAGGUCCUGUACAGGACGACCUGUCCAGUCUUUGCUACACCUUUACACCACAAAUCAGGAGUGGUACUAGGAGAGACUUUACACCUUGUACUUCGUACUGAACCUGACGUGAAGGAUGCGCCAGACUCUGUCCUGAAAGAAAAUACUGCCAGGCAAUAACCGGACACUUUGUUUUAAACGUUUUAGUGUUUAAAUCAAAUUACUCAUAACUGAUGUCUGACUAGUUUAAAAAAAGUUUUGAUGAUAAUAUUUGGAGACAAUUUCCAGAAAGUAUAUUAAAGUUUAAAGCCUUUUUCACAAUGGCAACUUCAGCUACAGAUACUACUAGCCACGAUAAACUGCUCAAGGCAUUCAUUCACAAUGGAUGGUGGGGUAAACAUUGGGAAGAAAAAGUAACACGCGCAGUACUCAGCACCCCAUUUAACGGCGACUAUAAAGUUUUUACAAAAAAAGAAAAUGAAAAUGUGCACGCAGAAGAGAAAGUUCUCGAUCACCUGAGGGAUUUGCUUACAACGGCCCCUGAAGAUGCCGUUAUCACGUUGUUUCUUUCUUACUCUCCAUGUGAUGAUUGCUGCCCCAGAAUCAAACGCUUUUUAGAUGAACAUAAAGAUAAGAAGCUGCAGCUUCAUGUUGUGUUCUCAGCGCUUUAUAGGAUUGAUCGUCCUUCUUUUGGAGGUCGUCGUAAGAAUUAUGAUCAGGAUCAGGAUCAUGCUAAAGAUGACAAUUCUAAGAAUCUCAAGGCAUUGCAAGGUCUGUACCAGGAAAUGGGUGACAAUCUUCGCCCAUUUAAUGACAAAGACUGGACAGACCUUCAGAAUGUUUUGGGCAUCACUAACAGUGAGAUUGAUAAAAGAAAAAAGGAAGAUCGACUGCGCCAGGACUUCGAAACUCUUAUGGCUUCGCACUGAAAACCAGCUGAGGGAAUUCAUAUCGGCAUGCACAGCCAAAAACUGCUGCUUCAUCCAGCUUCUCGGUUCGUGAUUUGGACUUUCUGUUAUCCCCAGGUUGGAAGCUGCUGCAGUCCUGCAAAUGAACAUGCACACAGUUGAAACAUUUUAUUUGAAUACGUAUAAGUGUUUGCAUAUCAAGUUUGUAUAUGCCAGUGUUCAGUUGGCCAGCGUCUGGUACAGUGUCUGUCAUCAACAACACAAGACACUCCUGUUCACCAGUCAGCUCACAAAUUUGAGUGCUCUAACCCCUUCUUUUUUUUUUUUUUUUGAUAGCAGCGCUCUGUGGCUAGAGUUAUCCACCUCAGCCUGGUCACUAAAGCAGUGCCCUUUAUGAAAAGGCUCACCCAAGCUUUUCCAUGAUGAUUUUUUUCGCACCAAGCCUAAGUUCGCAUCAAAUGAUAGAAUCUGUUUGGUUGACUGCAAAUAAAAAAUUUUCACAGAAAAUAUAUGUUAUUUGAAGGUUCAAAUCACGUGCAGAAUUUCCACAUAAAUACUAACAAAUACAAAUAGAAAUUCAAUAACAUUAUUUAAAAUUAAUGAAUGUGAAAGUUUUUUCAACAGUUAUUCAAAUGUAAAAAUAAUUUUUUUUCUUACAUCACAUGGGAAAUUUCUACAUAAAUAACAACAAAUACAAAUAGAAAUUCAAUAAAAAAAAUUUUAAUUAAUUAAUGUGAAAAGUUUUUCAACAGUUAUUCAAAAGUUAAAAAAGAAAAGUUUUCUUACAUCACAGGCUGGGCAUUGUUACAAACCUGCUGUGUUAACUUAAAAAAAAAUUUUUUUUUUAGCCGGGAAGGGGACAGGAAACGUAGCUGGAGGGGGAAGGUGUGAAAGACAGCGAUUUGUGGUUUGUCGAUGUCAGCAGUCUGUUUGUCGGUGUGCCACACCUGCUAUGGCCUUUUAAUCAACCACUGUUUAUAGAUUGUUUUUGUAGAGAAGAAAGGAAAGAGUGUUGGCUGUGUUUUGGAUUCUGUUGAGUUUUUUCCUUGACGGGAGCGGGGAGAAGUGGCAGUCUCCUCGGUGUUCUCAGUGUGUCCUGAGCGGACGAGUUGUUUGUAACAAGUCCUGAACCGACUUGGUGUUGUAGUCCUGACUGGACUGUUAAUGUGUGCAAAUCCUGACCAGAUUUGUAUCGAGGGAGUUAGUGUAACAUUGAACCUGUUGAGGUUUUUCUCUUUUGUUUGUUUGGCCGUUUUUAUUCAUCCUGUCCACCUGGGGUUCGUCGACUUUCACUGGAUAAACACUGGCUUCAGGAGGGGCGUCGGUACUGGUAGAGACUGUUGUGUUGAUGUCAAGUGGAGACUUUGUUUUAAUUUCAAUUGGAGACGUUUUGGGGAACUGCCUUGCUUAAAUUUGCUUUGUGCACUUUUUCUUCAAAUUAUAUUGUUUUAUCUAAAAUUUCAAUUGUUGUCGUGUUUUUAAUUAGUUAUCUUCCUCGUCUGAAACUCACUGUAGAGUGCAGGUUACAAUAUUAAUGGGGUCCCUGUUCGGGAUUUUGUAGUCAAUGUAUAUAGAAAUUUUAUUGCAGUUUUUGCAUUUAAUUUUUUUUAUUGUUUUGAGAACGCAGUGUUGUUUUAAACUGUGUAAAUUUUGUGUGUGAUAUUUUAUUGGUGUCAUGGCUACUGGACGCGAUCCAAAAGAUGUUAAGGAAACUGAUCCUACCUCAGAAGAACUGAAGGAAAGGCCUUUCAAAGAUAAAUGUCUGUAGAAGUAGAGAGGGAUUCCGGUAAACGUCAGAGAUGGACGUCUGAAGCUAGGUUACUCGGUCUUGGUCUGACAGGGGAUAAGUUGGGCAAGUUCGUAGCGGCGGAGAUCGUCGCCAGGAAGAGGGAGAGAAAGAUAGAAGAGGAAGAGACUUCAGCUGGAAGAAAAAGAGAGAAAUAGAAAACUUAGGUUAGGAGAAGAGGAGAGACAAAGGAAACUUCGGUUAGAAGAAGAGGUCCACUUACUGCUGUACACCAUCGACUGUACGUGGACACAAGGUCUUGUGUAACACCCUUCUUGUUCUUCCUAUCCAGUCCCGUGUGUGAGGGCGGAGGUGUUCAGGGAACCAGCGAGAGUGUGUUCCUUCACUUUUUACAACCAUUGAAUUGUAUGACUGGAAAUGAUAUCCAAUAGCCUUUGCUUAUUGUCAUAGAUGCCUUCUUUGUAUUUUAUGACUAUAGAUAUUUAAAACUAAAUUAUCGUGUGAUUAUCUCACUUGAUUCCUUAUUAAUAAUUCUGGUUUUCUCUCUAACUAGGUUGUAAGAUGGUUGUUUCAGCACUUUUGUCAGAUAAGUACUAUCAUAUUCUAUCCAUUCCUCAUGCACACACAGUGCAUGUGGACACAAAUGUUGGAUUUUUCUUCCUGACCACAUUCAUCACUCUGAUCCAAAGGCGGUAUUCAAACCGUCACUGAAUACAUUAAAUGUUUAAACUAUUCUAAUUUACGUUUUGUGCUUGAUCUUUGUAAUUUUUUUAACAUUAUGCAUGAAUAUAUUACUUAUAUUAUUAACGGGGUUAAGUGGAUAAAUGUCCUUGUUGUCAACAUGUUAUUGUUAUUCAAUAUUAAUUCAGAUUAAAAAGUGCUU